AUGAAGACAUUUACUACGAUUGCUCUGCUCGCCAUUGGAGCUACUGCUCAGGUUAUUGAGAGUGCUAGCUUUGGUUAUGGAAAAACGAUUUCGCCAAGUCGAGACUCAAUCCCCGGAUGGAACAUUGGUGGAGAGGGCCAUGAGCCAUCUCUCCUCUCCGAUAAGCUCAUCUUGACCCCACCAUACCCUGGCAACACUCGAGGAUCUGCUUGGGGCCAGAGUCCAGUCAUCCAACAAGAAUGGUCAGCCGAGUUCCAAUUCCGUGCCAGCGGGCCUGAACGAGCGGGUGGUAUCCUCCAAUUAUGGUAUACGAAGGAUGGACAAGCCCGGGUUGGCACCUCUAGCAUCUAUACUGUCGGCCAAUUCGAUGGAUUUGCGCUUGUCGUUGAUACACAUGGCGGUCGGGGUGGAAGCAUCCGUGGAUUCCUGAACGACGGCUCAACAGAUUACAAGAGUCACCGCAGCGUCGACAGCCUUGCUUUCGGCCACUGUGAUUAUGCCUACCGCAACUUGGGCCGACCCACUGUCGUGAAGAUCAAGCACACCAACUCGAUCUUCGAGGUUACUGUCGAUGACAAGGCUUGUUUCUCAACCGGCAAGGUCAACUUGCCCGUCGGAAACACCUUCGGCAUUACAGCUGCCACCCCCGAAAACCCCGACUCCUUCGAGAUCUUCAAGUUCAUCCUGUCACCUGCCACUGGACAGGGACAGACCGCUCCUUCUUACCAGGGUGGUGCCCAGCAGCAACAGCAACAGCCAAUCGCCGACCAGAACCAGCCUCCCGUUGUUCGUGAUACUGGCAACCCCGUCGUGGACGCGGGCAUUGGUGCUCAAUUCGUAGAUCUCCAGGGCCGCAUCCAGCUCCAGAACAAGGCCACCAACACCAUCAUCCAGGACAUCAAGGCCCAGGGUGGUAAGAGCGAUGCCCGCCACACUGAGCUCAUGCAAAAGCUUGCUUCCAAGGAGCAGGUUGCUGCCCUUGACGCGCGACUCCAGCGCAUCGAGUCCCUCCUCCAGAACAUCCAGCGUGACCUGGAGGGCAAGGACUACAGCAGCCGCUUCAACCAGCUCCAGGAUACUCUGCGUUCAUCGCAUCUCAGUCUCACUGAAAACCUCCAAAGCCACUUCUUGAGUGCUAUCACUGCCUCUUCUCCCCGCAUGGGCUUCUUCAUCUUCCUGGUCAUCGCCUUCCAAGUCCUCCUCGCCACCUCAUACAUCAUCUACAAGCGUCGUCGUGCAAACAUGCCCAAGAAAUUCCUCUAG